AAGGGACGCUUCUGUCCUUUGGAGUGCGCUCUUGGCCUCUGUCUUGGAUGUGCGCAUGCGCAGUAUCAUCUCACUGCACCUGUCGGACCCGCUGCCCCCUAGAGCCUGAGCUCCGCCUCCUUCCUGGGUGUCAGGUGUUCCCACACCUGCUUCCUUGUGCCCUUACCCUCUGCCAGAACACCCAGGGGCGGAGCUGCAGUGGACGGGUGUGGGAAUGGUUGAGGAAGCGGGGCAGGUGGCCAGUCCCGAGCAGGUGCCCUCAGUGGUGCCUGCAGGGCCCUCCCCAUGUUUACUCUAGGGGUGGGUCCCCUGGGCGCCGGUUUGGCCUGAUGAAUGAGGCAGAGCCCGGAAGAGUGCAGAGGUGAAGAGUAGGAGGUCUCCAGCCCCCUUGCCUCCAACCUCAGAAGGCAAGAGAUGGGAGGAGGAGGGGAGGCCUGAGAUGGCAGCACAGGCAGCCGGACUGUUGGGGCUGGAGGGAGGCCUGGCUCUGUUCUCUACCUUCUCUGUGGGGCCAUUGCAGUGGCCUGUGGGAAGGCCAGUGCCUCGGGCUUGGGAGGCCACAGGCGGAAUAUAGAGUGGUCCCCAGCCAGGGAGAAGGGGUGUGAGCUGGUGGGGUCCAGGCAGAAGCCCAGGUGGGUUCAGCUUGGCUAGGGCAGCCUGCAGAUGCUGACUUUGCCUUAGAUGGGUUGUUGGGGUCCCCCAGUGGGUGCCCUGAGAUUGUGGGGAAGCAAGGCAGUGGGACAGGCAGACAAGGGUCUGACACUGGCAGCCCCUGUACCAUCAGUUAGGGACAGUAAGGUGGCCGGACUGACAUUUGGAACAGAUGAAGGCUCCCUUGUGGCAUUUUGUGGCCAGCAGGCUAGAGGCUGUCCUGUGGCGGAGCAGGAGUGACUAGCUGAGGGGUCGCAGUUGGGGACGUGCGGGUGCUCAGGCACUGGGGUUCACUAGGUGCUGCCCUGGGCAGCCUGGCACAGCAGGUAGUCACUUGGGAACCAUUGAGGAGUUGUUGGGGCUGUGGGCCAGGGACAGCCGUGGGGAGGUCUGCAGGGUGGCCCGGGAGGCCCCCAAUGCUCCUCCAGGGGCAGCCAGGCCCUGGGUGAUCCGGCCCAGCGCAGCACAGCGGGAUGGCGGCCUCCCAGCUGGCAGCACUGGAGGAAGCGGAGGCGGGGCCCGGGCUGCCGCUGACUGAGGCCAGCCCUGCCUUCCUGUAUUCCGAGGGCCAACGGCUGGCCAUCGAGGUGCUGCUGAGUGAGGGCGGGGAUGCCUUCCAGGCCCGAGUGCGGCAGGAGGGGCUGCGGCCCUUCCUGAGCAAGGAUGAGGUCCAAACCUUGGCAACGGCUGCUGAGGACUGGACAGAAGCCAGGCAGGAGUCUGGUGGGGCUGCAGAAGGAGCUGCCACCACCACCGCCAACCCGGCCACAGGCAGCCUGACCUACUGGCCUGGGGAGUCGGAGGAGCCAGUGCCCCUGCUGCGGCUAGGCUGGCCAGAGGACACCGCCUGGAAGGGCAUCACCCGGGCACAGCUGUACACCCAGCCCCCCAGCGAGGGCCAGCCGCCCCUCAAGGAGCUGGUGCGCCGAGAAAUCCAGGCUGCCCACAAGCUGGUGGCCGUGGUCAUGGACGUCUUCACUGACCCAGACCUGCUUCUGGACCUGGUGGACGCGGCCACACGCCGCUGGAUCCCUGUGUACCUACUCCUGGACCACCAGCGGCUGCCUGCUUUCCUGGCGCUGGCUGGGCAGCUGCGGGUGAACCCCUGGGCCACUGAGAACCUGGACAUCCGCGUCGUGCGGGGCUGCACUUUCCGGAGUCGCUGGCGACGGCAGGUGAGCGGCGACGUUCGGGAGAAGUUUGUGCUGCUGGACGGAGACAGGGUCAUCUCAGGGUCCUACAGCUUCACGUGGAGUGACGCUCGCCUGCACCGCGGCCUGCUCACCCUGCUGACCGGAGAAAUCGCCGAUGCCUUCAGCCACGAGUUCCGCACGCUCUACGCAGCCUCCGGGCCUCUCCCGCCCCCGCCGGCCGCAGACGCCCUGUUCCGCAUUUCCGGGGACCCAUCGCCCGCCCGCAGCCCGCACAGAGUGCUCCAGCGCUGCCCAGUCGCCCCGGUGUCACCCCUGCUGCCCGACAGCACCCUGGCCCACCGCCUGGCUGCCUGCUGCCUGCUGGAGGGGGACCCGAGGGAGGCCCCUGCACCCGCCCUCAGCGACGUCCUGCGCAGUGUGCAGGGGUCCCGGACAGCCAGCGGCCCCCCAGCCCGGCCCAGCCGCUCCCUGUGGGACCUGAGCCGCCUGUCUCAGCUGUCGGGCUCCAGCGACGGGGAUGGUGAGGAAAUGGGCUGAGCAGUUUCCCUGCUUCCCAGUGUGGCUGGGAGGCACAGUCUGUGAGGAUAAAUCCAACAAUAACAAAGUCAUCAAGACAUUUCUGAAAUGCAAUUGAUUUUUUUUUUUUUUGUACUGGGGAUCGGACUCGGGCCCUUGCGCUUGCGCAGCAGGUGGCGAAACCACUGAGCUAAAUCCCUGGCCAAUGCAAUUGAUUUUUAUUCCAUGAUGUCCACAUCCCAGACCUUGAGGCCAUACUCUCUCAGGUCCCCCCUUUUGGUUUUCUGAGUAAGGGUCUCACGAUGUAUCCCCAGCUGGCUGUGAAUUUAGGGUGAUCCUCCUGCCUCAGCCUCCAGAGUGCUAGGAUUAUAGGUGUGCACCACCAUUCUGGGCUUCCUUUCCGGAUUUGAGUCUCAUGGCGUGUUGGGGAAAGGGGGCCAGGAGCAUUAGAGGACUCCUCUCAGUCCCCCAGCUGCUUCGACAGUGGGGUCCCACAGAGCCUUCCCUCUGACCACAAGGUCCUGGCUGUGAAGUGGGCAGCUGUGGGCCUCAGGACGGUCCCUGCGUGUGCUCUGCCCUCCGGCCUGUUCCCGGAGGCUGGCUCGUCCCUGAGUCCUUCCCACUGCCCCCGUCUCUGAGGGCAUGGAGCUGGGAGCGGCAGGGGCUGCAGGGCAGGGCGAGGUCCUCGCCUCCACCCGGUCAGGCCACCACCCUGCAUCGCCACCCUUGGCAAAUAUUUGCUCGCCACUUCCGGUUCCUCCCCACCUGCUAAAGCACAGGCAGCAUGGCCCCUGCGUGGGUCUGGGGGUGCGGGCCCCCCUCUGCCUUCUCCCACUCCUCCCUCCUCCCCCUCCUGCCUCCCCUCCAACUUCCUUCUUCCCUUCCUCCCCUCCCCUCUCACCUCCCCCUUUCCCUCCACAGCUCAAGUCCUGGGGCUCCAAGGACACCCCUGCCAAGGCCCUGAUGAGACAGCGGGGCGCUGGGGAUGCCCGGCCCCUCGCCCGGUGCCAGCCC